AUGAGCAGCAAUGAGGAGUCGUCCAAUAGCGACACUUCCAGUGAAGGACCGGGCAUGGUGAACUUGGCGAAGGCAGCUAUCGUGCUAAGAAGGUUGAAAGGCAUGCUGGCGCAGCAACGUCCUGUGGUAAAUCCUCCUUGUCCCAUACCCAAGCUCACCGGGGUGCAAUGGAUGAAACUUACUCUUGACGACCCCACAAAAUGCAUAGACAAUUUGCGUAUGUCCCGUGACGCCUUCAUGCAUUUGCAUAACAUGUUGCUUCCGUUUGGGCUGCCAUCUACAGACAAGUGUAGUUCCGUUGAAGCUUUAGGAAUGUAUGUCUGGACUUGUGCCCACCAGUCUGCUAGUAAAGAAUGCAAAGAUAGAUUUGAAAGAUCGUUAGAUACGGUUAGUAGGAAGACUAUACUAGUUCCAACAGAUAGGAACUACCCACGAGUCAGCCAGAAACUUGCUGAAUAUGCACCAUGGUUUGAUGGGUGCAUAGGUGCUAUAGAUGGUACCCACAUAAAGGUUGAGGUUAAUCAGAAAGCUAAGGCUGCCUUCUUCAAUAGGAAAGGAGAAACUUCAAUUAAUGUUUGUGCCAUUGUGGAUAUGGAUGGCCGCUUCACCUAUGUGGGUGCCGGGAAGGCGGGAGCAUGUCAUGACAUGGCGGUCCUAAAAGGCUGUCAGGCUGAUGAAUGGUUCCCCCAUUCACCCGUAGGACGCUACUACCUAGCAGACGCGGGAUACACAGAGAGUCAAGGAUACAUGACUCCUUUCCAGAAUACAAGGUACCAUAUAAACGACUUUAGGAGCGUAGAGUUGGGGACGUUAGAACACGAGGAGAAAUUUAACUACAUUCACACGAGGCUGCGCAAUGUAAUUGAAAGAAGAUUUGGGGGGCUCAAAGAACGGUGGCAUAUUCUAGAACGGGUUCCUUACUUCGCGAGGAAAAAGCAAGCGAUGAUUAUCAUAUCAUGCUUUGCAAUGGAUAAUUAUUUGUGGCUGCUGUUUGAUAGUUUUGUUGGACUUAGAGAACUGGAAUUAGUUGAGGAGAAGAGUUUAAAUUUGAAAUGGCUAUUCAGCCAAUUUAAAUUGGCUGGGGGCUGGCUGGCGACUACUUGGCUGGCUGGUUCAGCGCUAGCUCCAGCAAGCCAAUUCAAGCCUGCCGAACAGGUUGCAUCGGCGGCGGUGAACGCGGUGUUCGCCAAGCUCGGCCAGACGGCGUCGUCGGCAUGGAACAUCAGCGGCGAUCCCUGCACCGGCACCGCCACGGACGGCACCGUCAUCGACGACAACCCCAGCUUCAAUCCGGCCAUCAAGUGCGAGUGCUCCAUCCAGAACAACGUCACCGUCUGCCACGUCACCAAGCUGAAGAUAUACGCACUUAAUGCAGUUGGCCCCAUACCAGAGGAGCUGCAGAACCUCACGCGCUUGACCAAUCUGGAUUUAAGACAAAAUUACUUAACAGGGCCUUUGCCAUCUUUCCUCGGGAAUUUGACUGCUAUGCAGUACAUGAGUUUGGGCAUCAAUGCAUUGUCUGGAUCUGUUCCAAAGGAGCUUGGGAACCUUGCGAAUCUUGUAUCUCUAGGCUUUGGCUCGAACUACUUAAAUGGCUCUCUUCCAUCAGAGUUGGGAAACCUGGAAAAACUUGAGCAAUUGUAUAUUGAUAGUGCCGGCCUAAGUGGUCCCCUACCGUCAUCAUUUUCUAGGCUAACAAGAAUGAAGAUACUGUGGGCAUCAGAUAAUGAUUUUACUGGGCAAAUACCAGAUUUUAUUGGGAGCUGGACCAAUUUAACAGAACUGCGGUUUCAAGGCAAUUCGUUUCAAGGUCCACUUCCAGCCACUCUUUCUAAUCUCGUCCAACUAACAAGCUUAAGAAUAGGUGACAUAGUAAAUGGAAGUUCUUCACUGACAUUCAUCAGUAACAUGACAUCUUUGAGCACAUUAAUUUUGAGGAAUUGCAAGAUAUCUGAUAGCCUGGCAUCAGUGAACUUUUCACAGUUUGCAAAUCUAAACUUAUUGGAUUUGAGUUUUAACAAUAUCACAGGCCAAGUUCCAGAAGCCCUUGUGAAUCUGAAUUCACUCAACUUCUUAUUUCUCGGUAAUAAUAGUCUUUCAGGAAGCCUGCCGAGCUCUAUAGGAACUUCUCUUAAAAAUUUAGAUUUUUCUUACAACCAGCUGUCAGGCAACUUUCCUUCUUGGACUACUCAGAACAAUUUGCAACUGAACUUGGUGGCGAACAAUUUCAUGACGAAUAGUGUAUUACCUUCAGGGCUGUUGUGCCUUCAGAGAGACACACCCUGUUUUCUUGGCUCUCCACAAUCUGCCUCUAUUGCUGUGGACUGUGGGAGCAGUAGACCUAUAUCUGGCUCUGACAACUCCAUGUAUCAACCUGAUGAUGCCAGUCUUGGAGCUGCAUCCUAUUAUGUUACAGGAGCACCAACCUGGGGUGUGAGCAAUGUCGGCAAGUUCAUGGAUACAUCAAAUGGAAGUGGAAGUUACAUAAUCUACAGCUCACGCCAAUUUCAGAACACUCUAGAUUCAGAACUAUUCCAGACAGCAAGGAUGUCGCCAUCAUCUUUGAGAUACUAUGGUAUUGGACUCCAGAAUGGAAACUAUACAGUCACUCUUCAAUUUGCAGAGUUUGACUUUGAAGAUUCACAGACUUGGAAGAGUGUUGGGAGAAGGGUUUUCGAUAUCUAUCUCCAGGGCGAGCGUAAAGAGAAGAACUUUGACAUAAGGAAGGCAGCAGGGGAGAAAUCUUACACUGCUGUCAAGAAGCAGUAUAUUGUUCCUGUCACUAGAAACUUCCUUGAGAUUCAUCUUUUCUGGGCUGGCAAGGGAACUUGUUGCAUUCCUAGUCAAGGCUACUACGGGCCUGCAAUCUCAGCUUUGAGUGCAACUCCAAAUUUCACCCCUACAGUCCGUAAUUCUGCACAGAAGAAGAGCAGUAGUAAAACAGGUGUAAUUGUUGGAGUCGUGGUUGGUGCAGCAGUUUUGGGAGUACUAGCAAUUGCUGGACUCUGUAUGUGGAGGCACAAAAAGAGAAAACUAUUAUUGGAGCAACAAGAGCUUUACAGUAUUGUUGGAAGACCCAAUGUAUUCGCUUAUGGUGAACUAAGGACCGCUACUGAAAAUUUUAGUUCCAAUAAUUUUCUUGGUGAAGGAGGAUAUGGGUCAGUUUAUAAGGGUAAAUUAGCUGAUGGAAGGGUGGUGGCUGUAAAACAGUUAUCUGAAACAUCUCAUCAGGGAAAACAGCAAUUUGCAGCUGAAAUAGAAACUAUUUCUCGAGUGCAACACCGUAAUCUUGUGAAGUUGUAUGGUUGCUGUCUUGAGGGAAAUAAACCACUGCUGGUUUAUGAGUACCUGGAGAAUGGAAGCCUUGAUAAAGCAUUAUUUGGAAGUGGGAAACUGAACCUAGACUGGCCAACACGCUUUGAGAUAUGCUUAGGCAUUGCAAGAGGCCUCGCUUAUCUCCAUGAAGAGUCUAGCAUCCGUGUUGUGCAUAGGGACAUAAAGGCUAGCAAUGUCUUACUUGAUGCAAAUCUCAACCCUAAGAUCUCGGAUUUUGGGCUCGCCAAACUUUAUGAUGACAAGAAGACCCAUGUCAGCACAAAAGUUGCGGGUACAUUUGGUUAUCUUGCACCUGAGUACGCCAUGAGAGGUCAUAUGACCGAGAAAGUUGAUGUGUUUGCAUUUGGUGUGGUCAUAUUGGAGACCUUAGCUGGAAGGCCAAAUUUUGACAAUACGCUGGAUGAAGACAAGGUUUAUAUUUUAGAAUGGGUUUGGCAACUAUACGAAGAAAACCACCCUCUGGACAUGGUCGACCCCAAGCUCGCAGGAUUCAACAGCGACGAGGUGCUCCGUGCCAUCCACGUGGCCCUCCUCUGCACCCAGGGCUCGCCACACCAGCGUCCGUCCAUGUCACGGGCGGUGUCGAUGCUGGCGGGGGACGUGGAGGUGGGCGAGGUGGUGAACAAACCCAGCUACAUCACCGAGUGGCAGAUCAAGGGUGGCGACACCAGCAGCUUCAUGAGCAGGAAUGUCAGUGGGCAGUCGAGCGUGGCGCCAAGGUCAUCAGCGGCGCACACCUCGUCGCCAUUCCUGAGCUCUGUUAUUGAAGAAGGCCGGUGA